ACGAUCUAGCCAAAAUUGCGCGACUAGAAGAAGAGCUGCCUCUGCUUGUGCUAAGAAAAAAAAGAAAAACCUUAUCUCGCAAUGGCUUCCACUUUCGUCUCUCUACCAAAACCCUUCUUCGCUUUUCCGGCUAAAACCAAUGCUGCUUCUCUAGCUAACCACAAGCUUCUCGGAAGUCGAAGAGGCUGUCUGAGAGUUAAAGCGAUCUCCACUAAAUGGGAACCCUCAAAGGUUGUUCCUCAAGCCGACAGGGUUCUUGUUCGUCUUGAAGAGCUUACUCAGACAACCUCGGGUGGAGUGUUGUUGCCCAAAGCAGCUGUUAAGUUUGAGAGGUAUCUAACCGGAGAGGUUGUCUCUGUUGGUUCUGAGGUUGGACAACAAGUUGGGCCUGGAAAGAAGGUUCUGUUCUCUGACGUGAGUGCAUAUGAGGUCGAUUUGGGGACCGGUGCUAGGCAUUGCUUUUGUAAAGAGAGCGACUUGUUGGCCCUCGUGGAGUAAAGAGAGACCUUAUCCGAGAAGAUACACGUCUAAUACUUCUUCAAGAUUUUUAGUUGUUUGCUGUAAUUCUCAGACAUCAUAUCUUGUUUUGUGACAGUUUUCUUCAAUUUAAUAUCAUUUCGAGGACAA